GAUUUGCCUCCUAAGUAACCGUUGCAGCUGUCAGUCGGCUCAGGAUCCCACCCCCUAGUCCUGCUGCGUUCUUCGCUGCAUCGCGAUGGCGAGGCCCGUCUUGUUACGGCACCCUAAGCACAUCAAGGAAAUGAGAGCAACAGUGCGAAAGGACGCUAAUUCCAUAAGUGGCUGUUCUGGGCGCGGCGUGGACGGGCUUCUCCAGCCUGGUCAGAGCGGAGGCUCCAACUUCCGUUGACCCCCUGGGAACUCUGCCAUAUUCCUCUUCUCAGCCAGCUCACUGUUGUAUUUAUUUACCUUCUUCCCAGGAGCCCCAUUCAGAGGGCAUGUUGUAGGUGCUAUCUUCAGGAAGGUUGACAGGAUCUGCUAAACAAGCAAGCAGGAAAAAACAGAACGUUCUGAGAAAAGUAGCAGAUUCAGAAUCUGGCUUCUCUCUGUAUUCCACAGACUCUGAGGAUCAGUCCCAGAACUGGGGUUUUGGUGCCAACUAGGAAACUACUGGAUAUGAGCUAUCUGCUGCUCUGAAAUUUAUCCUGUCUGUUUUUGAGGCAUGCUGGGCACACAACCCAUUAUGUUAGGAUUACCUCCGUCCACUUCGAAAAAGAACCCUUCACAGGUUGCAACUAUUCAUAAUGGUCUUGAUCGCUGUGCAGCUUUACUAAAUGAUAUUUUGCAGAAUGAUAAUGAAGAGAUGGAGACUGUCUGUCGAAAACCAGGAAAAGCAGCUAUUGUAAGAACAACUUCCAGACCCUUACUCAGUAAAGUAAAUGGUCCAAAGAAAAGGGGCCCAAAGAAAAAUACAAUUUCUGCACAAAAAGAAAUUGUGCCUGUGCCAAAUAGAAAGCCAGCUUUAGUCAAUGUACCUAGUGCUGUAAAAGACAAAGCAUCUGUAAGCACCGAACAAGCUUCUUGUGUUCAGCCAAUUUGUGUCCCUUGCACCCAGCAUUCUUCUGUAAUGCAGCAGAAACUGUGUGAACAUGUACAAACCCAAAUGUCUCUGAUAAACAGCCAGCCUCCACAAAAAUCCAGUGGUAUUCCUGAUGUGCCAUUUUGCAUCAUUCCUGAAAAUGUGGCAGCAUAUCAGCCUAGUACCACAUUCAAUUGCCGUUUACCUACCUCCACACCAGCUCUGUCCCCACAACAGGCAGCUAACCCCUCAGUUAUUCAGCCUGUGGUUCCCAUUGAAAACUGCAAUCAGUGUGCAUCACAGAUGGGCCCUGUUCUUUUGCCAGCAGGUUCCACUGCUUCUGUGGCCCAAGUGCAGCCUACCAUUGUAUGCCCUGCUCUUUCCCAUAUGCUUCAGUCUGCUCCAAACAAUCCCAUGGCAUCUACUGGCCUUCCUCCACUAGAAAGCAGAGAGACUGUGUCAGAUCAAGGAAGACAUGAACAGCAGCUGAAAGAGGCAGACCUAAUAAGGUGUAUUCAGGCUCAUCUAGCUCUAUUGCAAGCACAUGAAAAAGAGAGUGGGAAGAUGAAUGAACAGUACCAGGAUGUUGAUCCAAUACAGCCCAAGUCUUUGAGUUCUAAAGAAGAAGAAACUGCUGUGGAACAUAGCAAGGGUUCUCUGAGCGAAGAGGAAGAUUUGGAUGGAGUUGACAUGGCACCAGUGAGAGAUACAAGCUGUCAGACUAGUUUUGACAAAGUUGUACAAACUAAAAAAACAAGCCUACAAAAAACAGCUCAAAAAGUGACAACAGUGAAGUAUCUUUUGGGAGAGCUCAAGGCCCUGGUAACAGACCAUGAUGAUUCGGAAAUUUUGAGGCUCCUAGGUGAAGUGGAAGACUGUAUUUCUCUCUUGCCUGCAGCUGUUGGAAGUACAACUGUGCAAGCUGAAAUAGCACUUGCUCUUCAACCUCUCAGAAGUGAAAAUGCCCAGUUGCGCCGACGAUUAAGAAUAUUAAACCAACAGCUCAAGGAACAAGAAAGAGCAAAAAAAGAAUGCAGACCGGAUUGCAACUUUGAACUUGUCUCCCUCCAGUCCUUGAACAUUACACUACAGAGCCAAUUGAAUGAAUCCAUGAAAAGCAUUGAGCUGCUGCAGAAUAAAAAUGAGGAGCUCAUUAAAAUCCUAGAAUGCCACAAAGAUGAAAAUAAAAGACUGACCAGCACAAUCCAUGAGAGAGAGCAAGAGCUGCUUGAAAACAGACAGCAGUAUGAUAUUGACUCAACAAAACUCAAAAUUGAAGCAGAUGAGAUAGUGACCAACAUGAAGAGUUUUCAAUAUAAGUUACAAGCAGCUGAGAAAGAGAACCAGAUCUUGAGCAUAACAUUGCGUCAGCGAGAUGCAGAAGUGAAUAGACUACGUGAAUUAACAAGGGCUCUUCAGGGCAGUAUGUCCAAACUUCUCUCAGACCUCACCAUGGACACGGCUAAACCAAAACAGGAAAAGAGUCUGUCAAAAGCUCUUCUGGAAAUUCAUGAGAAACAGCUGCAGCCUGACUUGAUACAUCCUCUAAGUGCUUGUGUGAUGAGCUACCUUAAAAAGUUAGAAACUGAUCCUGUUGUGAUUAACUCAGAACACUUAUCAAUGGGUGAGGGGAAAGAAUCAAAUCAAGUGUAUGACAAGACGACAGCUGAACAAACUCCUCCAAAGAGCCCUGUUAUGGUAGGGGACAUAGUGGAUCCAACAAGCAUGUUUACACUUCUACAGCCUGAUGUUGAAGGAGCCAGUGACUCAAGUACUUUAAUAGAGGGACACAAGCCGGAUGAGACUAUUUACAUUCCACUGACUAGUGGUCAGUCUAAUAAACCAGCAGCUGAAUGGAGGACAGGCACACAGCAUCAAGUUUCAAAGAGACUGGACCAUGAUUUUAGGUUAGCUGAUUCUAAACAGCCAGAUAGGGUUGGGAUACGAAGUGAUGCAAAGUUUUCUAAUAAAUUCUGUGGUAGCUACAGUCCAAAGACUGUGGAAAAUAAAUCUGAAGCAAUGAGAUCAGCAAAACUAGAAAAUGAGAAGCUUCACAUUCAGCCAAAAGAAAUAACAAAUGGAGCUGCUAAAGAGAUUUUGGACAAUCCAGACAGACUUCAGCCUGAUAAAUUCUUUUAUGCUCCUAUUUUGCAUCAGAAAGGAAAUGGGCAGAAAAAAGCCCCUGGAAUUUCUACUCCUGACUCAAGUUUUUCAACUUUUGACAGGAUGUCAGGAAAAUCUGAAUGGACUAUAUCUUCCUUUUCAACAUUCACAUCUCAAGAUGAAGAAGACUUCAAAACUGGCCUAGCAGCCUUGGAUGCAAACAUAGCUAGACUACAAAGGACUUUGCAAAAUAAUUUGAAAAUAACAAAAAAUCCUUAAUGCACUUCUUUAGAAUAAACAGGAAAAAGACAUGCUUUUUUAAAAAAACUCCAAAUGGUAUUUAUAGUUUUUAUACUUUAUUUUGUAGAAGUGGCUGUAUUUGAAAUUGAUGUAAUAUGAACUUUUUUAAACCUUUAAAGUUGUUUUGUCAGUGCAAAUUACCUGAUAAAAAGCAAGAGUACAUUUGAAAUGUGCUUGUAAUUUUUAUAUAUUUAGACCUUUAUUUGUUCUAAUAAAUAAAAGCAUUUGUAAACAAAUAAA